AUGUUCAAACCCAAGAUAUCUAAGAAAUUUGGAAUUCUUCUUAGAUUCUUGCAGCGUUUAAACUUCAUUUUUCUCUUGAAAAUCAAAUAAUUGGAAUAAAGAAAUUUCGAGAAUGCUUGAAGAGAAAUGGGUUAGCUUACAAAUAAAUUCCCAAGCGCAGCUUUGGUUUUUUAAAAAAUCCCGAUUUAGAAAAGUUACCCAAUAUUGUAUUGAUCUCCUUUCUUAUAUCAAUGAUGAAUUCAAACAAUUUAUGCUGAUGAAACCACUUUUGCUCAUUAAUCUCGCAAUCCAAAAUGUUGGUAAUAAAAAAAGAAUCAAAAAUUUCGAAAAUUAGUCACUCUUCAAAAAUCUGUUAAUGUAAUGGUGGGAAUAGGUUAAAAUGGCUUUUAGAUGUUUUAGGUAUGCAUAGGAAAUGUUAAUUUAUUUAUUUUUGGGUAAUUUAUAGAAAAGCUAAUCAAAAGUGCAACUGAAUUUUACAAAAAUUAAAAAUUCCUUAUUACUCUGGAUAACUGUCCAACUCAUUAAAGUAAGAUGAUAAAAUAGAGAUAUUUAGAUAAUAUUAAUUACUUAUUUUUA